CUCUGCCACGCCGACUUGGCAAACACUGGCCUUGUCAUCAAGUUGGCAGGCUGGAAACAUUGAUUAAAGAGCCUUACCCUCAGCUCUUUCGUCUUGUUAAAGUCCUGAUCGGGUCUGCACUAGCGCCAAGUCCAUACAGUUAGGCCUUUCGCCAUUUUUUGUCUCCUCGGAACGGCCAUAUAACUUGUAUCAACCAGGUCGCCAUGCAUCUCAAGACAGCUUCCAUCGUCAUCGCUGGCCUGGCUGCGGUCGAGGUAUCAGCCCUGCCAAAGACGCCGGAGUGGUGGAAGCCCAAGUCAUGGGGCUACCCGACUCAGCAACGUUUACGGACUGCUGAGCUCGGCCCGCGCCCACAAUUCCUAGUAACCGACAUGGAAGAUGGCUGGCUGAAGGACAAGCUAUCCUCGUGCACCGACACGAUAGCUCGGCCGACCAAGUUUAGCAUAGGUCACCGCGGCGGCGCCUGUUUGCAAUUUCCUGAGGAGACGCGCGAAUCUGUCGAAGCGGGAACCCGCAUGGGUGCCGGGAUCCUCGAAUGCGACGUAGCUUUCACGAGCGACCGCCAACUUGUCUGUCGACACGACCAAUGCGACUUACAUACGACAACCAACAUCGUCGCGACAGAUCUAGGCGCCAAGUGCACGACGCCGUUCACACCGGCGGGCAAUGGUACGCCCGCAACUGCCUCCUGCUGCACUAGCGACAUAACCUUAGCCGAGUUCAAGUCUCUCUGCGGUAAGAUGGACGGCUACAACGCUUCAGCUACUACGCCCGAGGAUUUCUUGCACGGGACGCCCGCAUGGCGGACCGACUUGUAUGCUACUUGUGGCACUGUCCUCUCCCACAAAGAAUUCUUAGAGCUUGUCGACUCCCACGGCCAGGACUUCACAACCGAGCUCAAGCAACCGCGUGUGCCGAUGCCCUUCGACGGCAACUAUACGCAAGAGAUAUACGCGCAGCAGGUGAUCGAAGAGUACCGAGCCGCGGGUAUCGACCCGUCGCGAGUCUGGUUGCAGAGCUUUUCUUUUUCGGAUGUAGUGUACUGGCUCCGCGCCGACCCAGCAUUCGGCGAGCAGGCCGUGCUGCUCGACCAAAGCGGUGACUUGCCGGGGACGUUCCCGGCCGCCGUCGCAAACUUGUCGUUUUACAAGGAGGCCGGAGUACGGAUUGUCGCGCCUCCGCUUCAAUACCUCGUCACCCUCGGGGAGAAUAAUGAAUACGUCCCUUCUUCAUAUGCGACCACGGCGAAGAAGCUCGGCUUCAAAAUUUUGACAUGGUCGCUUGAGCGAUCAGGGCCGUUAGCUCAAGCUGCGGCCGCGGGAGACUACUAUUACUCAACUAUUACCAACGGCACACACAAGGACGGCGAUAUGUACAGAUUAGUUGACGUUUUAGCGCGACAGGUUGGUGUCCAGGGUAUCUUCUCGGACUGGUCCGCCACCGUUACAUACUAUGCCAAUUGCUUCAAUCUCUUUUGAGACCGAUAGAGAUAAAUUUCGGCGCCGAACAAUUGAUGACUUACAGUCGUAUAGGGUAUGUAUAUAUCAGCGCUAAGAAAUAAUACAGCCAUAAACAUGUAGACAUGUGCCUAACUUCGCCCUGGUAAAUAGAUACCU